GUCUGUGUGCAACAACAUGGCUGCGCCCAUAACCAGAGGAGCUGCAACGAGCAGCCUUGAAACAGGCAUGGUUGUCAAGAAAGCCGUUUCAAUCGUUGCUCCUCUUGCUCUCCGAAUCAUCGCCGAAUGUCCAGUGACCAAAGCGAGGGCUUGUGAUCUCAAACUCCCUCAUUGUACGGUCAGCACCCCAGUGUUCAUGCCUGUUGGUACACAAGGCACGAUGAAGGGAAUCACUGUGGACCAACUCGAUGAUCUGGGAUGUCAGAUUUGUCUUGGCAACACAUACCACUUGGGUAUGAGGCCGGGUCCUGAGCUGAUUGAGAAAGCAAAUGGCCUGCAUGGCUUCAUGAACUGGAAAAGAAACCUUUUGACUGACAGUGGGGGCUUUCAGAUGGUGUCUCUUGUUGAACUAUCUGAGGUUACUGAGGAGGGGGUCAAGUUCAAAUCUCCUUACGAUGGGAAGGAGAUCCUUCUGAGUCCUGAGCAGUCAAUCGCCAUACAGAACAGUCUGGGGUCAGACAUCAUGAUGCAGUUGGAUGACGUGGUCAGCAGUACGGUGACUGGGCCGCGGGUGGAGGAGGCUACGUGGAGAUCGAUUCGCUGGCUGGACCGCUGCAUUGCAGCCAAUAAGAAUCCAGAUAGACAGAACCUGUUUGCCAUCAUCCAGGGUGGCCUGAACACAGAGCUGCGCAAAGCCUGUCUAGACGAAAUGACAAAACGGGAUGUUCCUGGCUUUGCUAUUGGUGGGCUGAGCGGAGGUGAGGAGAAGGAUGAUUUCUGGAGGAUGGUGACACUCAGCACAGACCACCUGCCUCGGGAGAAGCCUCGCUACCUUAUGGGGGUUGGUUAUGCAGUAGACCUGGUGGUGUGUGUUGCUCUGGGUUGUGACAUGUUUGACUGUGUCUUCCCAACACGCACUGCAAGGUUUGGCUCAGCUCUGGUCCCGUGGGGAUCUCUGACAAUUACCAAGAAGCAGUUUGCCAAGGACCUACAGGCAAUAGACCCAGACUGCCAGUGCCCCACCUGCAGGAGGCACAGUCGGGCCUAUCUGCAUGCUCUGUUCAAGAGUGACACCGCAGCCAUGCAUCACAUUACCAUCCACAACAUCUCCUACCAGCUCACUCUGAUGCGGUCGAUGAGACAGAGCAUCAUAGAUGGUCUUUUCCCAGACUUCGUGAGGACAUUCAUGAAGAGAAUGUUCCCCUCUCCUGAACAGUAUCCAGGCUGGGCGGUGGAUGCUCUAGGAACAGUCAACAUCACAUUGAAUUAAACUGCUUUAUACAGCCUGGGACUUCCUCUGAAAUGGCCAAUAAGACCUUUUAUAUGAGAAAUCAGAUCUCCUUUUUAAAAAUGGUUCAAUGACGGUGAUGUACCUGAAUAUUUUACUGUCUUUAUGAUUUAGUUACGUUCAUGUUUUGUUACAGUACGGUUCUUUUUUUGUGUGUAAUUUAUAUGCUAAACAUUCUGUUGAAAGUUAUGAAUUUACAUUGUACUGCUUUCAACUCCUGUCAGACAUACAGUACUUUUGUGACAUCCAGUUUUCACUCUGCAGUCCUUCAGUGUAUGAUAAUGUAGGAGUGGAGUAGUGUUGUUGAAGUCCAGGAACUGUCUCCUCUGAUAUAUUCUGACACUUUUAGUUGUUACCAUGGCUACAGACCAGCGGCCCACCCUCUUUAAAUUCCAUGCAUGACUUCUAACACAGAAAUGUGGUCAUAAACUAACAAUUAGAGACAUUUCGGAACAUUUCCUAGGGCUUAUUAUCGACCUUUACCAGCAGGAGGAAGCGAAUACAUUUCUAUAAUUGAGUUCUGUUUUGUUGUGCAGGAGAUGAGGACACAGGAACCCACAUUUGUGUGCUUUUGACUUUGGGCCACUAGAGGGCAAAAAUAUUCUAAACCUGAUGAAAAUGCACGUGAGCCAGAUUAGGCCAUCUGUUUAGUUGACAUGCUGGAGAAGUUUCAUAGGAAGGAAUGGGAAUUCUACCCACCCAGUUUGGCUCAAAUGCAGAGAAGUAGAGCAUGUAUGGUUUAGUCAGAUUUGCAUGCUGAGGGCAGACAGAGUAGUGGCAAACAAAAUUCUCAAGGAAGUGGCUUAGGGGAUCACAAUUUCCUGUGUCUCCGAAGUGCUACUUUCUCAAACAAAAAAUGACACCCAAUACAAUGAGUUCCGGUAGUCAAGAAAGUCGGAGGACAGAGAAUAAUAGGGUGUCAUAAUCUGACAUUGAAGCAAACCAGGAUCUAAGACACAUUGGAAAACAAUAGGCAAGAUAUUUUUGUAGAUUCCAAUGUUUAGGUUUUUGUUCCAGAAACAACAUUUUGUUUGAUUGGUUCCUGUUUUUCUAUUAGAAAUUGAGGUCCUUUCUGUUUUUCAUUGUAAUAUAUCUAAUUAAAGCUUUAAUAGGCUACAUUGCAGUUGUAAAAGCACCUGUUGCCUUUAGUUGAGAGACGAGAUCUUUAAAUAAAGCCACCCUGUAUAGGCUACAGAGUUUAUACAUGGGUUGUAAUUGUUAAUACCUGUCAGUUAUUAGUUUAUAAUGCUAAACAUAUAAUAAUAAACAUGUAAUAGUAAUGAG